CAAAAAGAGGGGAAACUGCAAUGAAAAAGGGGCCAGCAUGCGCGAACGCACAGCCCCCGGCCGCGCCCAGAUCCCGCUCUGUCGCCGUCGCCGCUGGCUGCCACCCUUCCCCCUCCCCUCCUCCCCUCCCCCGCGCGUCGUCUUUCUCCUCUAAUCUCUCCUUCUCUUAACCCGCCUCCCCUCCCGUUCUCCCCGCAGAUCGCAGUUUUUUCACCGUCCUCCGCCCGUGCAGUUGACGCUUCCGCCUCCCACACUGCGUCUGCGUGCGCACACAGCACCAAUUCGAAACCCCUCCCCGCACUCCCUCCCCCUCCCUUCCUUGCCUUGCCUAGGCGGCAACGCCUCCCGUCCUUUAUAACCCUGCGGCUCCUCCCGCGUGAGGCACCGAGGCCCGGGUGGUAGACCGCGGGACCCGAGCCGAGCCGUGCCCUGCCCUGCCCUUCCUCCGCCCAGGGUCGCAGCCAGGUCGUCGUCGUCGUCGGAGGGGGAAGAGAGCCGCGGCGGCGUCAGGAGGAGGAGGAGGGGCGAGAUGGAGGCGGAGAAGAAGCCGCCGGCGGUGUCCGACGUCGGGGCGUGGGCGAUGAACGUCGUCAGCUCCGUCGGCAUCAUCAUGGCAAACAAGCAGCUCAUGUCCUCCUCCGGCUACGCCUUCUCCUUCGCCACGACGCUGACCGGAUUCCACUUCACGGUCACGGCGCUCGUCGGAUGGAUCUCCAACGCCACCGGCUACUCCGUAUCCAAGCACGUCCCGCUCUGGGAGCUCGUCUGGUUCUCCCUCGUCGCCAACACGUCCAUCACCGGGAUGAACCUUAGUCUCAUGCUCAACUCCGUCGGUUUCUAUCAGAUCUCGAAAUUGAGCAUGAUCCCGGUGGUUUGCUUGAUGGAAUGGGUGCUCAACAGCAAGCACUACACCACCAAGGUUAUAUCGGCCGUGGUCGUCGUGGCGGCGGGUGUUGGGAUUUGCACGGUCACGGAUGUGGAGGUCAAUGCCAAGGGAUUCAUCUGCGCUUGCGUGGCUGUCUUCUGCACGUCGCUUCAACAGAUUACAAUUGGCUCCUUUCAGAAGAAGUACAACAUAGGGUCAUUUGAACUUCUCAGCAAAACUGCACCAAUACAGGCUGUGUCUCUUAUUAUACUUGGUCCCUUUGCUGACUAUUACCUCAAUGGGCGAUGGUUAUUAAACUACAACUUCUCAACUGGGGCAACUUUCUUCAUAUUGCUUUCUUGCUCCUUGGCUGUCUUCUGCAACAUGAGCCAGUACCUCUGCAUCGGCCGGUUCUCUGCAACUUCGUUCCAGGUCCUGGGCCACAUGAAGACCGUGUGCGUGCUGAUUCUUGGCUGGAUCCUGUUCGACUCGGCCCUCACCGUGAAGAACAUCCUCGGGAUGCUGCUCGCCGUGAUGGGCAUGGUGGUCUACAGCUGGGCCGUGGAGACCGAGAAGAAGGCCUCCGCCCCAAUCCCCCGGAACAAGAGCGACAUGCUGGACGACUCCGAGGACGUUCCCCUCAAGGCCAGGGUGAGCGGCCUCCCCUCGUCCGACCUCGAGGAAGGCGAGAUGAAGAGCUAGCUAAUGACAUAUUAUUUAUUCAUUCUUCUUGUUCCUUUCUUUUUUGUACGUGUUCAAAUCCAUAUAUUGCCCCCAUUCUGGGGGAAGUUCUUGAAGCUAUCGGCACUUGUGUUAAUUUUGCCUCCUCCCUUGUUCCUGGGGUUCAUAGAUGAUGAUGAUGCUGAUGAACCCCAGCCGGUCUCGACGUAGAUGACCAUUUUAGAAGCCAUGUUCUUGAUGGCGUGUUGUUAUUAUAGAUGACAAGACUUAUAAUGGAAUACAGGUGUUUAUCCGUUGUAGGAUGAUUCUGUUGAA